AUACUGUCCUUAUAUACUCAACUAGUUUCUUCCACUUCCUUCUCCAUCCUUUAAAUAUAACCCUUUCUCCUCUUCCUUCUUCUUCAUAUCAUUACAAUCCUAGGUCUCAUUUUUCUUUUGCUCAUCAUCCAACUUAUACCACUACAACAAAAAAACAAGAGACUAGCUAGUUGUGUGAAAAUGAGAGCUGGAAUUUGCACUAUACAACUUCAAGCUCUUAGCAUUGAGGCCGAAGCGACGGUGAAGCAAGCAAUCGGCCUUGCACGACGACGAGGUCAUGCUCAUGUGACUCCGCUCCAUGUUGCUAGUGCUAUGCUUGCUUCGUCCUCCGGCCUCCUUCGGAGAGCUUGUCUUCAUUGUCACUCUCACCCUCUACAAUGCAAAGCUCUUGAGCUUUGCUUCAAUGUUGCCCUCAACCGUCUCCCGACGUCGACACCAAGCCCACUCUUUGGCCCUCAAUAUCCAAAUCCUUGCCUUUCCAACGCGUUGGUUGCUGCCUUUAAACGAGCUCAGGCACACCAACGUCGUGGCUCGAUCGAAAACCAGCAGCAGCAGCAACAACAACAACCCAUUUUAGCCUUGAAGAUUGAGUUGGAACAACUCAUAAUCUCUAUCUUGGAUGAUCCAAGUGUUAGUAGAGUUAUGAGAGAAGCUGGUUUCUCUAGUACACAAGUCAAAAACAGAGUUGAGAAAGCUGUUUCCUUGGAGGAAUACAACAAUGAAAGACACUACUUUUGUGAGAAAAAGUGGAACUUGCUGCCCAACAACACUUCAAUCCACAAGUUUCACUUUCAAGAUUCAAACCUAGAUCAAACCACCAAGACAGUACUUCCAAAUCUUGCCAUAAAUCCCUCACAGUCCUUAGCUUUUAGCCAAAUUACAAUAAUGCCCCCCACAAAAGCAUUUGAAAACAAGAAUGAAGAAGAAAUAACAAGUGUACUAGAAGAGCUAUCAAACAGAAUGAGCAGCAAAAUGAGAAGAGUUAGCAACACAGUGAUCGUUGGAGAGAGUUUAGGGACAGUUGAAACAUUGGUAAGAGGAGUAAUGGAAAGAUUUGAGAAAGGAGAAGUUCCCAAAGAGUUAAGGUGUGUAGAAUUCUUAAGCCUUCCUCUGUUUUCAUUGAGGAAUCUUUCAAAAGAAGAGGUAGAACAGAAGGUUUUGGAGUUGAGAUGCAUUGUGAAAAGUUGUUUGGGGAAAAGGGUAAUUUUCUAUUUGGGAGAUCUCAAAUGGGUAUCAGAGUUUUGGUCAAAUUAUGGAGAACAAAGAAGGUUUUAUAGCCAUGUGGAACAGAUAAUAAUGGAGAUAAAAAGAUUGGUAAAUGGUGAAACUUAUGGAAAAUUUUGGGUUUUGGGUAUUGCAACUUUUCAGAUAUAUAUGAAAUGUAAAGCUGGUCAUCCUUCUUUGGAUUCACUUUGGUCACUUCAUCCACUUACUGUUCCUGUUGGAAGUUUGAGUCUAAGUCUCAACUUUGAAAGCAAAGAAUGUAAUUUUCCAACAACUUCUGCCACGGCUUUCCCUUUAUGUCUAGAACAGUACAAGGAGGAUGCAAGAAAAAGUGGUGUCAUUACCAAUCAACAGGGUGAUGAAUAUGAGCAUAUGUUACCAAAUUCAAGUGAGAAAGAAGGAGUGAAGUUUGUUGAGAAGUCUCCAAAUCACUACAAUUUUCUUGGUCUCAAACAGUCUCCAAAAGAGUACCAAUUCUGGGGUUCUUCAUCGUCGGACGACGAACAUUCCAAACAAAACGUCAUCGUUUCGAAACCAGAUCUCCUUUCAAAUCCCAAUUCAAGCCCCAACUCUGCUUCAUCAAGUGAAGUAGAAAUGGAAGAAGAAGAUCAAGAAGAAGAAGAUUAUUUGAAAGCUUUCAAACUUAUUUCUGAUUCACUUUCAAAAACCAUUCCAAACUGUCCAAAACACAAAGCUGAUGAAAUCUCAGCCACAAUCCUGAAGAACAAGAAGAAGAACAAGAACAAGAAACAUUUUCAUCAACAAAGUUGUUGUUGCCUUUCCUUCAUUGGAAAUGAUGAUCAAAACCAAGCCAAGGAAAAAACAGCAAGAGAAUUAGCCAAACUCUUAUUUGGGUCACAAUCAAAACUCAUUUCCAUUGGUUUAAGCAACUUCAAACAAGAUAUUGAUGAAGAAAAAUCAAUGAGUUGCAAGAAAAGGGGAAGAAAUGAAAUGGGUUGGAAUUAUUUAGAGAGAUUUGCAGAGGCAGUGAAUGAAAAUCCUCAUAGAAUGUUCUUCAUUGAAGAUAUUGAACAAAUUGAUUAUUGUUCAUUAAAGGGAUUGAAAGAAGCAAUUGAAAAAGGAAGAGUAAAGUUUUCAGAUGGGGAAUUUUGUUCUUUAAAAGAUGCAAUCAUCAUCUUCAAUUCCCAAAAACAGAUUGUUAAACAAGAACAACAACAACAAGAAGACAACACAAGUACAUUUGUUUCUUUGGAUUUGAACAUUGCCAUUGAAGAUACAAAUGGAGACAGAAUUAUCAGAUCAAUCAUGGAAGAUUGUGUUGAUGCCAAAAUUUUAUUUUCAUAAUUAUUAGUUAGUUUUUAAUUUUGAGUGAUACCUUUUUUUUUUAAAAAAUCUUGUUUGUGAGACGGGAGUUGGUAGUAUUUUUAGUUUUAGUUUUAGGAUAUGAAUGUAAAUGUGUAAAAUAUUAAAUGCAUAUCUCUCUUGGGAUUUUCAAUUAUGUGUCA